AAAUUAGUUUUUGCCGCGUGGCAACCCUGUACAGACACAUGAAGGAGCUGCAAAUUUCGCUCUUAGCUCGCAAAAUAAAAUAAGCAAAUAAAAUAGUUAAAUGGCAAUAGUGGUUCGCACUAAUAACGUCAGUUUCCUGUGGCCGGUUGUGUAAUGCUGAAUAAGUGAAUUGCGGUCGAAAAAAUUUGUGGCGAAAGUGCCCUUGAUUGCUCAAACAAAAAGUCUUUAGUUUGUUCGUGUGACACUUUGUUUUUGUGAAUGCACUGAAAAUAUUUAUUUAACUCGGCAAACACUGGAGUGACGAGUUCUUUGUGCCGUUAAAGAAAAAAUAUUUUAUCGACGUUUCAGUUGGCACCCACAUACACACACAGAGGCACCCGCACGCACACAGAUACGACUACGCGGAUUCAGAUACAGAUACACGUGCGCUCAGCUGUUAAUGAAUGCUGCUCAGCUGUCGUUUGUUUUCAUUCCGCUUUGAGAUCCCAGAUCCAGAUCCCGAGAAAAUCCCCGAAAAUCCGGAUACGCAGAUAUAUAUGCCCUUGAUCGACUUAGCAGAUAAACGAGAGCACUAAGGCAUCUCGCAAUUGUCACCCGAAAAUCAUCGUACUGUAUAGAAUAGCCCAGAUCUCCAGUCAUGCCGAAAGAUGGCCACUCACGUAAGCCGCAAAAGAAAGAGGCGACGAUCGCCGAGGAAACUGAAGUCUCAGAGGCCACAGCCACCACUCCACCAGUCACUUCAGCCUCACCCAGUUCACCCACCAGAACCGCCGGCCAUUCGACCAUCGGAGCACUGGUCAGCAAUCUGCACCACCACGACCUCCAGUCCCUGCACCAACCGCUGCUGGAGAUCGAGGAGCGGGUGAUAAGCGCGGUCAACCACAGGAAUCCCCGCCAGCCGCAUCGGAGCUACGGCACCGAGAGGAAACCCCACAGCUCACUGCCCCGAUUCGUGAUCGACAUCGAGGAGGAGACGGACGCGGCGGUGGCGGCGGCGGAGGGCAAGGAGAUCGCCAGCCAGGAACACGAGGAGCACGCGAACCAAAGUCCUUCCCGCCGUUUCAGUCACUUCAAUUUGGCCCUGCGUCGCUUCUCCCACAUCCAUGCCCACAACAUAAAUCGCUACGGAGACUCCAUGGGUUCGCUCGGACAUCGCGCCUUGCUGCAGUACAUCGAUAAUAAUGAUAUUUCCGGACUGCGCGCUAUUCUGGAUAGCCGACAUCUCACCAUCGAUGAUCGGGAUGAGAAUGCCACCACAGUGUUGAUGGUUGUUGCUGGGAGAGGUCUUACUGCCUUUGUCCGUGAAUUCCUGGCCCGUGGUGCCGAUGUUCAGGCGGAGGAUUUGGAUAACUGGACUGCACUUCUGUGUGCCUCCCGAAACGGACACUUUGACGUGGUUCAACUGCUGCUAGACCAUGGUGCCGAGGUGGAGCAUCGUGAUAUGGGUGGCUGGACCAGUUUAAUGUGGGCAGCCUACCGCGGACACACAGAGUUGGUGCGCCUUCUGCUGGACAAAGGAGCCGAUGGCAAUGCUCAUGGUAACUACCACCUGGGUGCCCUAUUGUGGGCGGCGGGGCGUGGCUACAAGGACAUUGUGGAGCUUCUCGUGCAACGCGGGGCCAAAGUAAAUGUGGGCGAUAAGUACGGAACCACUGCGCUGGUUUGGGCCUGCAGGCGAGGCAAUGUGGAGAUUGUGGACACUUUACUGAAGGCUGGAGCCAAUGUGGACACCGCGGGCAUGUAUUCGUGGACACCACUGCUGGUUGCAGCUGCCGGUGGUCACACGGAUUGCGUUAGUUCCAUCCUCGAAAAGAAACCGAAUGUGAAUGCCUUGGACAAGGAUGGAAUGACGGCGCUUUGCAUAGCGAGUCGAGAGGGUUUCCAGGACAUCGCCGCCUCCCUUAUAGCAGCCGGUGCGUACAUCAACAUCCAGGAUCGUGGUGCGGAUACACCCCUCAUCCAUGCCGUGAAGGCAGGCCAUCGAACUGUAGUGGAGGCGCUGCUCAAGAAACACGCCGAUGUGGACAUACAGGGAAAGGAUCGCAAGACGGCCAUUUACACCGCGGUGGAGAAGGGACACACGCCGAUCGUUAAGCUGCUGCUGGCCACGAAUCCCGACCUGGAAUCCGGCACCAAGGAUGGCGAUACUCCCCUGCUGCGAGCCGUGAGAAAUCGUAAUCUGGAGAUUGUCCACCUGCUGCUGGAUCGGAAGGCCAAGGUGACUGCCAGCGACAAAAGAGGCGACACCUGCCUGCACAUUGCGAUGCGAGCGAGGAGCAAGGCAAUUGUGGAGGCCCUCCUGCGGAAUCCCAAGCACAGUCAGCUGCUCUACCGGGCCAACAAAGCGGGCGAGACGCCAUACAACAUUGACUCCCUGCACCAGAAGACCAUUUUGGGCCAGGUGUUUGGCGCCCGGCGGCUGAAUACCAACGAGGAUUCCGAGGGAAUGCUGGGCUACGAACUGUAUUCCUCCGCCCUGGCGGAUGUGCUCAGUGAGCCGACGUUAACCACACCAAUUACUGUCGGACUGUAUGCCAAGUGGGGCAGUGGAAAGAGCUUCCUGCUGAACAAGCUGCGCGACGAGAUGAACAACUUCGCCCGCCAAUGGGCGGAACCACCGAUUCGAACCAGUGGAUUGCUUUUCAUCGUUUGCCUGCACUUGGCAUUGCUCAUUGGAACGAUUGUGGGUUUGAGCACCUGGUCAGCGGUGGUGGGCGUGUCCGCAGCCGUGGGCUUUAUGCUGCUCGCUUACUUGCUCUUGGCGGCUGUGAGGUACUGCAACUACCAGAUGGACAUGCAGUGGGCCUACUCCGUGCAGCAUGGCCUGGAGAAGAGGAUAACUAGAUUGCGUCUAAUCCUGCAGGUGGCCUUUUGCCAUCCCCCAGGACCACAGUCGGAUUCACAGGCGAAACCCGUGCGGUUUCACUUUGCGGAGGCGAACAGUGCAUCACCAACAGGCGACGGAGCAGUGGCCCAUAUGUUGGCCGCCCUUCUCGUUGCCAUCGAAUCUCACUACGGAUGGCUGGCCACCAGAUUGUAUCGAGCCUUUCGGCCCAAGUGCUUGAAGGUGGAUGUGGGCUGGCGGUGGCGUCGCAUGUGCUGCAUUCCCAUCGUGUUGGUCUUCGAACUGGCACUCGUCACCCUGGUCACUGGCAUCUCACUGACCGUUGCCUACUUCACGUUUGCCAGCGAGAAGCAGAAGGAGCAGAUACUCGUAUCACUCUAUGUGAUUGCCGCCGUGAUGGGCACACUCAUCUGCACCCAUCUUCAUGUCCUGGCCAAGGUGUUUGUAUCCUUGUUUACCUCCCACAUCCGGUUGCUGAAAAGGGCGGUUCGCUCCAGUGAAUCGGCUCCUUUGACCAUGUUGGGUGCCGAAGUGGCCGUGAUGACGGACAUGGUCAAGUGUUUGGAUGCCUUCACUAAUCAGCAGAGUCGUUUGGUGGGUGUGAUCGAUGCCUUGGACUCCUGCGACACGGAGAGGAUCCUCACUCUUCUGAAUGCUGUGCAAACCCUUCUUUCUUCACCCAACCGACCAUUUGUGCUGCUCAUUUCGGUGGAUCCCCAUGUCAUCGCCAAAGCUGCGGAGGCCAACAGUCGACGUCUGUUUACGGAGGGUGGAAUCGGAGGACAUGACUUCCUGAGGAACCUGGUGCAUCUCCCAGUUUAUCUGCAAAACUCCGGACUACGAAAGGUGCAGCGAGCGCAGAUGACAGCAUUGCUAUUCAAGCGAAGUGGAGGAGGAGAUUACCAGACAGAUGAUGGACCCACGUUGGGUCACUCCGUAUCCGCUCGUCGUCUGUCAAAUGCCUCAGAGAUCAUCUCCAGUCAGGAGAAGCUGCGCGGACCCGCCCGUGGUGGUGGUGGCAAGAAGCUGCGUCUAUCCGAAUCCGUUGCCAGUUCCACGGGCUCCAAUCUCCAUCGACUGGGCCAGAAUCCGCAGACCGUACUCGAUCUGUCGCGGAUCGUGCUCACGGAUGACUAUUUCAGCGAUGUGAAUCCGCGAAGUAUGCGACGCCUGAUGAACGUGAUCUACAUUACCGUGCGCCUGCUGAAGGCCUUCCAGAUUGACUUCAGCUGGUACCGCCUGAGUUCCUGGAUCAAUCUCACGGAACAGUGGCCUUUGCGGGCCAGUAUGAUAGUGCUGCACCACGAUCAGUUCAUGGAUGGCAACGCGGAUGAAAGUGUUUCCCUACAAAGCGUUUACGAGAAAUUGCGUCCAAAACUGGCUUAUUUGCGAGAGGCUGCUCCUCUAUUGGAGUUGGAUCGCGAUGAACGAAAACUGGACGCCUUCCUGCAACUGCACAAAUCCGAUUUGCUCGUGGCGGAUCUCCGCAUCUUUUUACCCUUCACCAUUAAUCUGGAUCCUUAUCUGAGAAAGGUGUUAAAGGAGGAUCAGCAAAUCAUCGAGGACGAGGGUUCCCUAGUGAUACAAACGAGACCCAGCGUUUCCAAUACCAUGCGUCAAUUCCCAGCGCCUACCACCUAUGUGCCUUCGCCCCAGGCCUAUCCACCCUAUCAAAUGUUCCAGAACCCGGAGUAUCCUAGCAAUGAGUUACGCUCCAGAAAUCUCAGUUCGAGCACAGAGCCUGUGACGCCACUGAUAAACUCACCGAGUGAUUCGUUUGGUGAUGACAUCCUGCAAACCAAGCUGACUGAUUUAACCGUGGAGGGAGUCAUCAGCCUGCUGGAGAGGAUUGAUGACAUAAAGCCCGCGUUGGCCAAAUUGGCGCCCGUACUCCGAGAGAAUGCCAUUAAUGGUCGUGUGCUGAAGCACUGUGAUAUGCCGGAUCUGAAAUCGGUUCUGGGCCUGAGCUUUGGCCACUGGGAGCUGUUCCGCCUGCUGAUCACCACACUGAGGGAAUGCGAGCGUUUGCCCAGAAAGCAGCCGCGUCAGCAGCAGCAGCCCGCCGCUCUGGAGGCGCCAUCGAAUGUCCCCAUGAUCAAGGAUGUGACUGAUGCCCUAAUGCAGCCGCCCAGAGAGUCCUUGUCGCGCAAGAACUCCGUUAGUCAUAUGGAGAAACAGGUCACGCUGGAGGAGCAGAUGAUUUGCGGCACGUUGCAGACUCUGAACGAGGAGGCCUACGAGGAUGUGGCCAGCAGCGAGCGACCGAGUCCCACAGGUGAGAUGUUGGCGGCAGCCGCACAACUGCAAUUAGCACCCAUCCGCGAGUCCUCCGAGUUCGGAUCGCCGUCAGACGAUCAGAAGCAGUUCGGGGUGAAGAUAGGCCACCUCAUCAACAACAACAACCAGUACUUGCAUGCGGAGUACAAUCGGAGCGUCAGCUCGCACUCCCUGCAGAGUCUCAGCACUCUGGUGGGUGCUCCGAGUGGGCAUGGUGGUUCUGGUGGUUCUGGUUCGGGUGGCGGUGGACUCCACCUGGGCAAUGAGCUCGACACACCGAGUGCCGGAGCCGCAAUGACGGCGCCAUUGCUUGGUACUUCUUCCGGCCCGAUGCAGCCGCCUGCGGGUCGGGACUCCAUUUUGAAGCAGCAGGGAAGCGUCAAGGCCGACAAGCGGGUAUCGAUCCAACAGACGGCGACCAAUAAUAACAACAAUGCGACGAGCACGAAGCUAACACCAAAUGUCGAAUAUGUUUCCGAGCGACAGUCAGAAGCCCAAGGAGCCAGCAAGCGCUUGACAACAAAGCCGCCACCAGGACCACGUCCCGCAUCGCUGAUCAUCACCAGAAACGAUUCCAACUCACAGUUCCAGCUGCUGCGCUCAUCCUCCGUGGACUACGAUGAUGUGGAGGCACAGGAGCACCGGACCACGAUUAGAACCACUUUGCUGGAACAGCAGGAGGAGGAGGAGGCCGCCCCGUUCGUGUUUACAGUGCGCAAAUGAUACAAUCUUCUCUACUAGGUGAUAUGAGCCAACGAGAAUGGCCAUUUAGUGCCAGCUACGCUUAAUUACAAAUUAGGUUUAGUGCAAUUAGCCAAUAGCUAGAGGACUUUGUGUUAACUCGGACUUUUGGGUUACACAAUGAUAUAAUCGUAUACUUGGUACGCUAGGAAAAGACACUUUGUUUGCAAAGGUACUUACGACACUACUUGUUAAAAAUGUAUGAUGCAUGUGCAUAUGAAUAUUUAUUAAUUGUACAAAGAAAUGAAAAAUACAUUGAGCGAGAUGAUUUACAAAUGUUAA